GACUUUCCCGUUCAAAGGCGGACAAAAAGAAAGCAGGAUAUUCCGUCGGGAAUUCCUUUCACUGCGCAUUUCACCGAGGCUUUAAAUCACCGUCAGAACUCAGUUUUACUGCUGGGCAGCUUCUACUGGAGAAAACGGUGUUCGAAAUGUGUGAAAGCUCAGACUGGAAGAGCGCCCUGAGCAGGAUCAUAGAGGAGCUCAGCGAACAGCAGUACCAAAGGAUGCUGGACAAACUGGAGAAAAUUCCUAAAAGUGUGAAGCAUGACACACACAGAGAACAUAUGGCUCAGACCAUCCUUGAGCAUUAUGGAGAGGAGAAGUCCAUCGCUGAAAUCAGGAGGAUCAUGGAUAAGAUACCGAGAAAAGAUGAGAAAGUUCAGAAGCUGCUGCGUCCGUUUGUGGAGAAACCAGGAAAGAAGAGGAAACCUGGACCAGAGUCAAAGGAGCAGCAGGAGUCUCCAUCCGAGUUAAAGAAGAAGAAGACUGAGAGUGAUGAUGAUGAUGUUAAAACUGGGUUUGAGAAGAACAACAUUGUGUCCGAUUCAGAUUCUUCAGAUGAUGAAACUCAAGCUGACGAUCCAGGAAGUCCUCAGUCUGAGAAGAAAGUAGAGAUCCCUCCAUGGAGACAGAGCAUCAAGCUGCUGAAGGAAAGUGGAGACACCAAUGGAAAACCUGUAUUUGGAAAGGUUGUUCAGAAAUCUGCUCUGCGUACGUAUGAAAACAAGAAGAAGAAGAAGAAUUGCUUCUUCUACCUUGGAGUUGCUGAUGAGACCGACUGCAUCAAAGUCAUGGUUUAUGGAACAGAGCUAUUUCAGAAAUUUGAAGAGGGGCAACUUUACCUUUUCAAAAAUGUUAAGGUGGAAAGAGUCAAUGAUGAAAUGGUGAUGAAGGUUUUCACAAUUGACCAAUUCUCAAAGACUAAUGGGAUUAAAGUGCCCAACACUCUGGAGCUGGAGGCUCAGAUGUUGAUUUACAACCAGAGACCAGUUUGCUCCAUCGAGGAGAUCCAGUCCUUUAAGGAGAGAACAGCAGUGAGUGUUGAAGGGACUGUGACUGGGAUCAGCUCAGUAGCUCAGGUCAAACAGGAGAGAAAAAGGACCAAAGUAAAUAUACGCAAGUUCCAACUUGAAGAUGAAACCGGUUCCAUCUGGAUCACACUGUGGCGCAAAGACACCGAGCAGCUGAGAGGAACGUCCGUCGGAGAUUCGGUCAGAGUGACCAACCUAACGACCAACCGUUACUAUGAGACGGUGUCUCUGAACUCCACCGACUUCACCAGAAUUUAUAAGGUCCAAGCUGCCGCUGUCCAGAAUGUCUCCAUGCAGAUUAUAGGGAUCAGAAAAGAUGACGGGUUGCAGUUUAAGCUGGACGUGAUGAUCAACGACCAGCUGAGCACCUUCAUUGCUUCUUCCCGUCUUCUGGCUAAAGCUUUUGGUGUCAAACUAGAUGGCAACAUGGAAGGAAGACUUCUGCAGAAAACCCCGUUUUCAGCUGAAGCAGAAAUAAAAGGAAACCAGAUCCAAGAUCUGAAAGCUGCAAAAGAAAUGUAAAUUUACCAGAAACAGCUUUUAACUUACAAGCUUUUAUUUAUUAAAGAAUGAAAUGCUUCAGAAUCAUGCAGCGUAAUUUGUUAUAAUCUGCUUUGUGCUCUGUUUUAGCCUAAAUCUGUUGAGUCCUUAUGAAGACGUUCAUGUUUGAUAAAUCUGUGGCAUUUGUUCCUGAGAACUAUGAAGUCUCAGUGGUUCCCAAAACUAAAAUGCUCAGGUUGGAAUAAAAAUUA